CGUACUCGGCACCGGAAGGAGCAGCUGUGAGCGCUUUAGGAAUUAUGGCGGCCGUGGACAUCAGAGAUAACCUGCUGGGAAUCUCUUGGGUCGACAGUACAUGGAUCCCCAUUUUGAACAACAAUAGUGUCUUGGACUACUUCUCAGAAAGAAGUAACCCUUUUUAUGACAGGACAUGUAAUAAUGAAAUGGUCAAAAUGCAGAGACUAACAUUAGAACAUUUAAAUCAGAUGGUUGGAGUGGAAUACAUCCUUUUACAUGCUCAAGAACCCAUUCUUUUUAUUAUUCGGAAGCAACAGCGGCAGUCCCCCACUCAAGUUAUCCCGCUAGCCGAUUACUACAUCAUUGCUGGAGUGAUUUAUCAGGCACCAGACUUGGGAUCGGUUAUAAAUUCUAGAGUGCUUACCGCAGUACAUGGCAUCCAGUCAGCUUUUGAUGAAGCUAUGUCCUACUGUCGGUAUCACCCCUCCAAAGGGUACUGGUGGCACUUUAAAGAUCAUGACGAGCAAGAUAAAGUCAGACCUAAAGCCAAAAGAAAAGAAGAGCCCAGCUCAAUUUUCCAGAGACAACGUGUGGAUGCUCUGCUCUUAGACCUUAGACAAAAAUUUCCACCUAGAUUUGUGCAGCAAAAGUCUGGAGAAAAGCCUGUCCCAGUGGAUCAGACAAAGAAAGAGGCAGAACCGACCCCGGAAGCUGGGAAGUCUGAGGAGAAAGAGACUACGAAGAACGUGCAGCCAGCGGUGAGCACAAAAGCUCCCCCUGAGAAGCGCAUGCGGCUCCAGUGAGCAUCUGCCUCGGGCUGCCCGACUGCUCUCGCUCACUGCCGGGCCUCCGAGCUGGCGGUCCCUGUGCUGACGGACUUUGUCACAGCUCUCUCCUCUGUGUGGAAUGUGCUUAUUUUUUAAGAAAGGAUGUUAGUCCCAUCAUGUUUUCUGUGUGGACAUUUCUUAUGUAUCCUUUGUAACCCUUCCUCUACUGGACUUGAUCAACGUACCCACCCUCUUGUGUACUGGAAUGUAUACGUUUCAAACACAAUAAAAGUAUUUGUAUAGA